AUGCCGCUGAUCCAAAGGGCAUCGGGCCAUAGCCAUGAGCGAUUCGUCGAGGCAUCGGAAGCAGUUCCAAGGUUGCGGGGUCUGGACCACGGAGUGAGCCCCGAGUCUCAGGAGGCGCACCGCUGGCAUCUGCAAGUCAGCAUUAUGGUCAGAUGGGCCACGGAGUUGAACCCAACCAAUGGCGAGCAGUCACUGGUGAACUCGGUCUUCCAGGCGAAACCAAGAAGUGGACUGGACAAGGUGUGA